GUGGCGCCGAUGACGUCAUUGCGAGCGCGUUGGAAGCGUGACGUGGCAGGGAGCGAGCAGAGCAGAGCACGGCAGAAGCAGCAGCAGCAGCACUACUCGCAGCAGCCAUGGGCCUCACCAUCUCCUCGCUCUUCUCUCGGCUCUUCGGCAAGAAACAGAUGAGGAUAUUAAUGGUUGGUUUGGAUGCUGCUGGAAAAACAACCAUUUUAUACAAAUUGAAGCUUGGAGAGAUAGUGACAACAAUUCCAACCAUUGGUUUUAAUGUGGAAACCGUAGAAUAUAAAAAUAUCUGCUUCACCGUGUGGGAUGUUGGUGGCCAGGAUAAAAUCCGACCCCUCUGGAGACACUAUUUCCAGAACACGCAGGGUCUCAUUUUCGUUGUAGAUAGUAAUGACAGAGAGAGAAUUCAGGAAGCUGCCGAAGAAUUACAGAAAAUGCUUCAGGAGGAUGAGCUGAGAGAUGCAGUACUUCUAGUCUUUGCAAAUAAGCAAGACCUGCCCAACGCCAUGGCGAUCAGUGAAAUGACAGACAAAUUGACACUCCAGACUCUUCGUAAUAAGACUUGGUAUGUGCAAGCAACUUGUGCGACUCAAGGAACCGGUCUAUAUGAAGGACUCGACUGGCUUUCAAACGAGCUCUCCAAGCGCUAAAUCACGUACAAUUCUUGCACCGAGGACAUGGCGAUCGAAUUGGCCUAGGCUCGUAACAUCCAAACUAGUUUGCAUCUUGGUCAUUUAUAUGGUUUAAGGAACUGGUAUGGGCAGCCAACAGUCAUAUGUUUAAAGAUUUGUUUUGUUUAUUUACCAAAAUAUUUGUUUCCAUGUUACUUCCAGGGUAACAUGGCAGGGGUUAAAAUGGAAAAAUAUAAUAAAUCCUCCCUUCUGUGAAUGUGUACUCCUGGUUCUACUUGUCCCCCAUUUUCCCCAAGCUUUUAUUCCUGGACAUAAUUAUUGUGAUGCUAUAGAAUUGAAAGUUGUUUUGUGGGGGGCGGGAGGUUUGUUCCUCUUGUAAUCUUGUCAUUAACAAAGUCAUUUUUGAGUUGGUUGGGGCCAUGUGUUUGCCCCGAUCCUGGUUAACUGAUGGAUUUAAAAUAGUGUCUAUGCUUCAAGAUUUUUUUUAUUUUUUUGUUUGUGUCAUUCCUUAGACAUUUCUGCUGAUUUAAAACAUAGCAUUCCAUGCGUAUUUAUUUAAAAUAUUUUCCCCACAAUAAAAACGAACCCUCUCAAGUGGCAGAGGGUACCGACUGUGUUGUCUAAACUCUUUAUUUUACUGCUCGUGCCAGCAAAAAAAUUAAAUAAAAAUCCCC